AAAUUAUCUCAAUAAAACGUCGUCAACAAAUAUCGGCAUUCCGCAUUAGCAACCAUUUGCAACAUUCGAAGAUUCCUCGUUAAAUUGGCUCUAGGCCGCAAAUCUAUUUUUCAUUAAUACAUUUUUUUUUAAUAUUAAAAAUGUUUGGGCCUCGAAAAUACAUAUUUUUGUUAAUGAUCGGAACUUUAUGUUUGGCGGAGAAUAACGGUCAUCAUGGCCACCGGUCACAAGAACUAGACGAAAACAAUUGGACGAACAUAUUAAAUGGCGAAUGGAUGAUUUUGUUUUAUGCUCCGUGGUGCCCAGCUUGUAAGUCUCUUGAACCUGAAUGGAGAGCAUUUUCAAAAUGGAGUGAAGAUCAUUCUCAUAUUUCAGUUGCAAGUACAGACAUCACAAUAUCUCCUGGACUUACUGGUCGUUUUAUGGUUACAACAUUACCAACUAUAUUUCAUGUAAAAGAUGGAAUAUUCAGGUAUUAUAAAAUGGGUCGUGAUAAAGAUAUUAUGGUAAAUUUUAUAAAAGAACGCAAAUGGGAACAAUUAGAACCUAUAUCCUCUUGGAAAGCUCCCAACUCUAUUCAAAUGUCACUGGUUGCUCAAUUUUUCAAACUCUCUCAAAAAGUUAGAGUAAUACAUUCUACACUUAUGGCUGAAUAUGGACUUCCAACAUGGGGAUCUUACUUAAUAUUUGCUAUUGCCACUAUUUUUGUUGGCGCAAUACUUGGAUUGUUUUUGGUCUGUAUAAUUGAUUUGAUAUAUCCACCACGUCAUGCUAAAUUUCCGUCAAAAGAUAAAAAAGAAGAAAAUAGUGAUAGUGGACAAGAAUCAGAUGAUGAUGAACUUGUUAAAGAUGAAUUAUUAGAUGACCAAACUAAUGAACCAAAAGAAAAAGAAUUGUCAGUGAGAAACAGGCGCAAAAUUCGUAAAACUGACUGAAGAAUUCUUUUUUAUGUUAAAUAUUUCUAUCUUCAAGAUAAUUCCAGUUACAUUUCGAUUCUAAUUUUUGUAUUAUAUUUUUUCUAAUCUAUAA